UUUCCGUCAAGACCGCUGGCUUCGCACGUGCGGCAGCCGUCGCUCUCCGCAAACGCCGGGGGGCAGUCUCCCGCUCUGGUGGCGCGGGUCAAUGAGAAGAAGGCCGAGCUGGAGAAUCUCAAGGAGCUUCGUGAUCUCAGCGCUGCUGUUGCUACGCAGAUGGAGGCGCUCGAGCAGAAGCUUGCCACGCUUUCCGAUGGGACAGAAGCCAUCGCCUUGGUAUUAAGCAACUGGCAUAAUGUGCUGAGGGCAAUCAACAUGGCAUCGGCGAAACUGCCCAAACUCGCCGCCGAGCCUGGUGAUGAAGACCAGCCGCCUCUUCCCCAGACGCUCGUUCGGAUCCCAACAGAACAUGCUCCUGCACUUCAAGCCCAUGCGGAAGGAGCG